UCAGAAAGCUCGCACGUGCGAACGCGUAACGGCAAGUUCGGUAUUAGCACAACUAUAACGACACAGCAGCAGCAGCAACAACAACAAUAAAAGCGUUGAGCGCAGCAGCAACAACAACAAAUCAAAGAAACAAAACGAAAACGUAAACGCCGUGUAUUUUGAGUGCGCGGCUGCAGAGUGCAGGCUUUAUAUACAUAUAUUUGCGUGUGCGUGUGCGUGCGCGCGUUUUAGUGUGCGUGAGUGUGAUAGUUCGUGUUGUUUUUAUGGUGGCAGAGGAGCCAGCCCAAAGAGCAAAAAUUCCUAAAUAAAUAUUCCAAUAGAAGCAUGCAAAAAUAAGAAUUAAUUAAGAUACGACAACAGCAAGAAGAAAUAAAGAAAAGAAAAAAUUAAAUAAAUUCAAAUAGUUUAUAAAUAGUGCACAAACAAGGCGGCUCGCAAUUCACAAUUGUCAGGCGGCGGCGUCGGCGUCGCAGUCGAAGUCAACGCACGCCUGUGUGAGUGCCGCUCAGCCAAUCUAUCUCAGUGUGCGUGUGUGUGUCUGUGUGCGCGCGUCAGUGUGUGUGCGGCCGGUGUGCGUCCGUGUCUGCCGGCCUGCGUUUUCGUCUGUGCCAGCGUCUGCUCUGCUCUGCUCUGUAUCUCCGUAUCCGUCUCGGCAGCGUCGCCAUGCGUCGUGCGGUUAAAUAUUAAGCAUACGAAGUGGAAAUUAAUUUAUGGCAAAAUUUAAUAAUAAGUGAGUGCCACAACAACAACAACAGCAACAACAAGAGCAACCAAAGUCAUAGCAGCAGCAGCAACGACAGCAGCAGAAAAUAUAUUAAGACAACAAUUUCGAAAAUAUUGUGCACGUCGCCUACAGCGACGUCAGCGUCGACGUUGACAGAGCGCAACACGCGCGCCUUCAAAACAUACUCACACACACAUAGGCAAAUAUACAUAUGCAAAUGCAUGUAAAAGCUAGCGGCGCAUAAAGCGCCAAGCAGCGCAGCGCCGUCGGCAAAUGCAGCAGCGCCUAAUUUGAAAGAAAGAGAAAGAUAGUGAAAAUAAAAACCGGAAAAAUGCGCGAAAUAAAAUGAAGUUCAACAAAUUGUGCCAAAUUGUUAAAGUUCUAAACAAAUAAAACGAAAAAAAAAAAAAUAUUGGUAAAAAUUUAAUUGUAAUAUUGAACGAAAAUGUAAAAGCUCGCCCGACAGUUUAUUGUAGCAGCAGAAGAAACAACGUCAAUAAAACAUAGAGUGAACUAUCGAGCGUGUUAUCGAUAACUGUGCGAUGACCGAAUACGUAACGCCGAUGAUCAGCAGCGUGCUGAAAAAGUACCAAACGAGCGCUACGAAAAGUUUGCAGGGCCCCGCCGUGGCGCUAAUCAAAAAGGAAAUAAGCAGCUCACCGGAACCACAUGACCUGCACACGCAUGAGCCGGCAAACGCCACAGCUAGUUCCGCAGCUCACAGCGAACGGAACCAACAGAUAUACGCAGCGCCGCUGCCGCUGCCGCCAGAACUGUCACAGCCCAUCCUAACGCAGCCGGACACCGACUGCGGCGAAUUGUAUGAGACGCGCUUGGAGGGCAAGGCGAUUGGCUGCUUCUCGAUGGGCGGCGAAAUGCGUUUGUGCUUGCCGCAAUUUCUGAACAAUGUGCUCAGCGAUUUCACUUUAGAUCAGAUCAAUGGCAUUUUCGAGGAUCUGGGCAUCUCCUGUUCGCAGUGCACGCCCGAACAACUGGUCGAGUUCAAGGCCGCCAAGAUUUUGCCAUCGGAUGUGAAGGGCAGCGGCCUGAUCACACGCACCGAUGCGGAACGCCUCUGCGCCGCUCUCCUGCAUCGCUCCGAUCGGAACAGCUAUGUGCCCGUCGAGAGCCUGGGCAAGGGCGCCCUCAGCUUUCAGGUGUAUCACAAGUGCUUUGGCAAGUGCGAGGGCAUCUGUACGCCGGAUAUGUAUUCGUAUCAAAAACCGACGUGCAUUCAGUGUCUGGAAUGCAAUUGCUGGUUUUCGCCGCAGAAAUUCGUGGGUCAUGUGCAUCGCAAGGUGGAGAAUCGCACCUGCCAUUGGGGCUUCGACUCAAGGAAUUGGCAUGAUUACCUUCAUGUGGCGCUCGAUGUCGAGAAUCGAGAGAAAUAUCAACGUAUUUUGGAUCAGCUCAAGGAGGUGGAACUCAAGGAAAUGCACAAGGCGCAAUGUGAACUGGAUCACAAGAAACGAAAGGUGGAAAUGCUGAUGGAGGACUCGCUGCUGUUGCCGAUGGGUUUGGUGGCGCCAGCGCCGCCGCCGCCACUGCCGCCAUCGCAGCCGGCGGGAGCGCAUCAAACGCUGCCCGCCAGCCUGAAGCAUCAUCCGCACACCCUGCCGCACCAUGGAGCGCGCGUCGAGCUGUUGGACAUUCCGAGCAAGAAGCUAAAGGCAGCCGCCUUGGAUAACUACUAUCCGCUGGACCUACAGCACUACCAGAUGAUGUAUGCCCAUUGCAUGCAGCAGAGGGAGCGGGAGCGGGAACGGGAGCGCGAGAGGGAGCGUGAGAGGGAGCGGGAACGGGAGCGAGUGGUGUCACAGCAUCCGCUCUCGAGCAGCGCCUUCCAGCCGUGGCACGCCGUAAAGCCCACGGCUAGCGCCUAUCUGCAUGCGUACACAGCGCUCUCCUCGCUGCCCUACGCCUGCCAGGAGCCGCCGGAGCUGCAGAAUCCGGAGCGUGUGGUGAGGAGCACAGAUCGCGAGCGCUUCGAGCGCACCUAUCAGCCCAAUGUGGCGCUCGCUCCGCGCAAGAGCAUCCUGAGCAAGGAGCGCGAACGCCAGCGCGAGCUGGAGCAACGCGAACUGCAGCUGCACAUCAAGCAGGAGCGGGCAGCAACGCCGCCGGCCGCGAUCAGCGAGCGCGAGCCGCCAAACGGUAGCCAGAGCAGUCACAGCAAUCACAGCCACAGCAGCAGCAACAGCAACCACAGCAACCACAGCAACAGCAGCAACAGCAGUUCGCCCAUGCCGAAGGCGGCGCCUGUUGUUGUUGCGCGUCAGGUGCCGGCCGAGGAGUUCUCGGCGGGCAGCAAUGAGAUUACCUCCUCCACAUCGCCGGUGCCGGCCGUGGCAGCAGCAGCGCCAGUUGCUGCCAACCAAGCAGCAGCAGCAGCAGCAGUUGCCGUCGCUGCAACGCCGCUGAGCAACCACAUCAUAGCCACCGUCAAUCAGCAUGCCAAGCUGUUGCCCAGCAGCAGCAAUCACAAUGAGCCGAGUCGCAUUAGGAUCAACAAGAAUCUAAUGAGCCAACCGCCAGUAGCAGCAGCAGCAGCAGGAGCAGCAGGAGCAACAGUGGCACCAGCAGCACCAGCAACAACAAUUGUGGCAGCACCUGCGGCGGCGGCAGGAGCAACCGUUGCUGCUGUGCAGCCCAUCUACUACAAGGCUGGCUACUCGCCCACGCAGUCUUCCAGCGCAGGCCUCAAUCUCAGCACGCACUCCUCCAAUGUGGUUAGCUCGCCACAUGCCAAGCAGCAGCAGCAGCAACAGCAACUCCUGCAGCUGCAACAGCAGCAACAACAACAACAGCAGCAGCAGCAGAAGCAACAGCAACAGUUGCCGCUGAAUGGCAAAUCACAUUUGGGCAGCGAGUUUGAGCUGUCAACGGAUACGGAUGAUGACAGCCUCCACGGUGAGCCGGACAGCAGUGCGAUGCACUUGCCGCCGUGGGAGCUGGCGGUGGAUGCGUUGCGGGACACCAGAUCGAAGGAUCGGGAGCGUGUGCUGCAUCUGUUGCAGCGACUGUUGCACGAGAAUCAAAAGUAUCGCGAGUCGAAUGUGCAGCUGAGCGAGCUGCUGCACAAGCGGGAGGAGGAGAUUGGAGAGCUGCGCGAGCAGCUGCAGCGUUGUCGCCGCCAAUUGGAGGCGAUGGAUAAGCUGCGUGUGGUGCCAUUGAAGCAGCAGCAAACGUUGCUCGAGGAGGAGGAGGAGGACGACGAGGAGAUGGACGAACUGGACGACGAGGAGGAGGAGCAGGAGCUGCUGUUGGGCGCCAAUGAAGCCGAUAGCAAAGAGACGCUCAAUCAGGAUCAGGCCAACAACAACAAUAAAGUAAUUAGCUCGCUCAACUGUUGCACAACCGUUGCGCAGCAAAAGCAGACGCAGCGAACAGAGGAGGAAGAGGCGCCAGCAGGCAAGCGACUCAAGCUGCAGUCGAAUGGACAUGCCCAGAGUCCAAGCGCAAGUCGCAGCAGUGGGGAAGAGGACGAGGAGGAGGAGGAGGAUGAGGAGCUGGAGGAGCAUGAGCACGAAAUGGCGCUGGCUGAGCGCACGGCGCAGGCACCGCACAGCAGCGCCCUGGCUGCGCCGCCCACCGCGACCACGCCUCAAUCGCCCGAUUCGGCGGCAACGGCUGGUCAGCUGUUCGAUGGUAGCAACAGUAGCGUAGAGACGGCCAUGAAGAAGGCGCAGAUAUGCAGCGAGGAGGAGGAGGAGGAGGACGACGACGACGACGACGACGACCAGCAGCAGGAGGCAGAGCAGUUGACGCGAACAGAGCAGCGACAGCAGCAGCAGAAGCAGUCAGAGGAUUCGGAUGAUGAUGAGAUGCCGCUGCAGCAGCGACAGCAGCAGCAGCAACUGCAAACACAGCAACUGCAGCAGCAGCAGCAACAGCAGCGACGUCAGCGUCGCGAGGCCGCUGCGCUGCCAGCGGCAGCAGAGGCGACGCCAGCGCCAGCAGCGCGACCCAUUUUAAUGGCCACCAAAGCGAGCAAAAAGCAAACGCCGCCAAUUACAGCAACAACAACAACAACGAACUGCGAAUUACAAAUCAAAAAGGAAAUUGUCUAAGCCGCAGAACCUCAGCCCCGCGCCCCCUCCAAAGCCCUGCCCUACCCGCCAGCAGCAAACGCAUUGCAAUUAACACUUAGAACUUAGCUCAUAUAGUCGUCUCUUUCACACACACACACACACACUAAGCACAGUUUAAGAGUUUACAAAAAGCAAAUGAAAACAGAGAGAAGAAAACAAAUACAGAAUUAUGCUCAACGCUGCUUAACGCACAUACAAAAUUGCUAGAAAAGGACAAAAACUAAAAGAAAACAAAAACGAAAAUGAAAACGAAACGUUUUCCAACACUUUCUCUAAAACCAUUUUUUAUUUGUAGCUUGUUUUGAUCUCACGUAUAACACAACAAAUUUGUUAGGCUUCCAAAAACAAAAUAAAAAGCUCGCUGUUCUUUAUGAAAAACAAAUUCAUAAAAUAAAACAAAAAAUUUAAAUUUAAAUACUAACAACUAUUUCUAUAAUUUCUCUAAAAAAAAUUUCUUCAACUCUGCUGCAGAAAUUAUGAACAUUGAAACCAAAGCUUUAAAUGAAUAAUAAAAUUAAUAAAAUAUAAAACAAGAAUGAAAAGGAGAAAAAAAAAACAAAUUAUUAAUUUAUGCGUGUGUGUCUAAUUACAAAUUUUAAUUUUUAAAAUUAGUUUUUAACAACUUUGAAGACAUUACACAAAAUGAAGAUGAAAAAAAAGAUAAACUCAAAGCGAGGCUUGCAAAACAUUUUUUAGCAAAUUAUUCAACACUGGAUAUCUUUUUUUAACACUAACUACAGGCAUCCACAGUAAAAAAUACCUUCUAAUCUUUAUUAGAUUUUUUUGAUUAAGCUUUUUAUUUUUUAUUUUAGUUUAAUUGAAUUAAUUAAUUUUAAGUUACAAGUUUUAAAACGAAUAAGAGACAACGUUAACGUAAGAGCAAACGCGCGUUGCGAGAGCGAGACAAAAAUACACACACAAAAUGAACCCACCACAGAAUAAAAAAUAAAUAAUA